CCCCACCCCCUCCUCUCACCUCGUCCUCUCAAAGUGGUUUCUCCCUAGCAACCUUGAACUCUCACCCGUUGCCCCUCCUUGCCCGAUUUAAAUCUCCAGCUCCGUAUUCGUCGCUCGGUAAAGGCCUGUUAGUCCAAAGCUAUUCCCAUAAUUUAUUUCAACCUUCUUUCCUCUCCUCACUCCUCUUUUCCUCUUCUUCUCUUCUCUUCUCUUCCCUCUCUUCUUCUUCCCAUCCAAUCUUCAUCUCUCCAUCAACUCAUUACUCAUCAUCACCUUAACCAGUAAACCAUCAGACUUCACAACUAUCACAAUGGGUGUCCUUGACAAGCUUUCCCGCAAGGCCGGUGUCAUCGUCGGUGAUGACGUCCUCCGCCUCUUCGAGUACGCUCAGGAGAAGGGCUUUGCUCUCCCCGCCAUUAACGUGACCUCCUCUUCCACCGUUGUCGCUGUCCUCGAGGCUGCCCGUGACCAGAAGUGCCCCGUCGUUCUGCAGGUCUCCCAGGGUGGUGCUGCCUACUUCGCUGGCAAGGGUGUCAGCAACGACGGCCAGAAGGCCUCCAUUGCCGGUGGUAUCGCCGCUGCCCACUACAUCCGCAGCAUCGCUCCCGCCUACGGUGUCCCCGUUGUCCUCCACACCGACCACUGCGCCAAGAAGCUCCUUCCCUGGCUCGACGGUCUCCUCGAUGAGGACGAGCGCUACUUCAAGCUCCACGGCGAGCCCCUCUUCUCCAGCCACAUGAUCGAUCUGUCCGAGGAGCCCGUUGAGGAGAACAUCGAGACCACCGCCAAGUACCUUAAGCGUGCUGCCCCCAUGAAGCAGUGGCUCGAGAUGGAAAUCGGUAUCACCGGUGGUGAGGAGGAUGGUGUCAACAACGAGGACGUUGACAACAACUCCCUCUACACCCAGCCCGAGGACAUCCUCGCCAUCCACAACGCUCUCGCCCCCAUCAGCCCCUACUUCUCCAUUGCCGCUGGUUUCGGCAAUGUCCACGGUGUCUACAAGCCCGGCAACGUCCGUCUCCACCCCGAGCUCCUCGAGAAGCACCAGGCCUACGUCAAGGAGAAGACUGGCUCCAAGAAGGACAAGCCCGUUUUCUUCGUCUUCCACGGUGGCUCCGGUUCCUCCAAGGAGGAGUACAAGCAGGCCAUCAGCUACGGUGUUGUCAAGGUUAACCUCGACACCGAUAUGCAGUACGCCUACCUCACCGGUAUCCGUGACUACGUCCUAAACAAGAAGGACUACCUCAUGAGCACCAUCGGUAACCCCGAUGGCGAGGACAAGCCCAACAAGAAGUUCUUCGACCCCCGCGUCUGGGUCCGUGAGGGUGAGAAGACCAUGAGCAAGCGUGUCCAGGUCGCUCUGGAGGACUUCAACACUGCUGGUCAGCUGUAAACCAAAAGAAGCUUAUUAAUGUUUCUCUGAUGUGAUGUGUUUUCGGAUUUGACGAAACCAGAUACCAAGUACAUAAAUUCAAAACAAUUUCUUUAUUAA